AUGGACGAGGAGGGAGCAGAAAAUGAAAGUAUGUACAAUAUUGUCCAAGAAAAAAAAAAUAAAAAAAUAAAAAAAAAAAAAUUGAAAAAAGAGAAGAAUGUUAAGGUAAACGAUAUUGUAAGCUGCAUUGCCUUUUUAUCAAAAGAUGAGAAGAAGAUAGGAAGUAAAAAGGACCUGUGGAGCGAGGAGGACGAGUCUAGCUCAAUCCGCGGAAAGAACAAAUCAAAGAAGAAAAGGAAAAAAAAGAGCUACGUAUCGGAAUCAAACGAAUAUAUAGAGUUAGAAAACGUAUUUAAUGACGAACAUGAAUAUCGAAAGGUGAUAACUGAAGACAGCAUUAUAGCAAAUGAUAAAAAGUAUAUAUAUGAAGAUGAGUUGCAUUUAGAAACAGAUGAUGUUCUAAUAUUGAACGGUAAAAUAUAUAGCGAUGUAGGUACUCUAGAAACACACAUCUUUAAUUAUGAUGAAGAUAUAUUUAAUAUAUAUGAUGAUGCAAUAAUAGAUAACUACCCCUUAUGUUUACAAAUUAUAAACACGUGUUCCUAUUAUAAAAAUAAGAAUAUUGUAGCUAUAGGUACUUUAAAUAAAGAUAUAGGUCUAUGGGAUGUACAUAAUAUUCAGGAGUUGGAGGCUUUGAGCUAUUUAGGCAAUAAGGACAGUAACGAGAGUGGUAGAAAAAAAGGCGGAGAUACAAAAGAUGGAAGUAAACGCUGCGGCGUUGAUAAAAACGGACGGAAAAAAAGAAGCAGACUAUAUGAGGACAUACAAGAUGAUAAGUUACAUGGUCAUAGUGACUGCGUAACUUGCUUGAAUUUAUCAAAAUUAACACCAAAUUUGUUAUGCAGUGGUUCGAAAGAUUGCUCCAUAAUACUGUGGGAUCUGUCUAUGCUUAGUCCUUUACAUUCUUUUAACUUUCAUAACAAAAAAAUUAAUAAUAUUUCUUUUCAUACAACUGAUAGAAACAUAUUGCUCUCUACCUCCUCUGAUAAAACUAUAAAAAUAUUCGAUAUACGAAAGAAUACAGUAGCAUUAAGCAUUCCGUUUGACAAAACCCCAGAAUCAACUAUAUGGAGUAUAUGGGAUGACAGUAUAAUAUUUUCUUCUGAUGUUAAGGGGUAUAUAAAUAAGGUAGAUAUACGUCAAGUUACAUCAUCAUCAAAAUCAGUACCAUUUAAUCGUGCUAAAAAUAAUAUUGUCCAGUUCAAGGCAUUUAACAAAUCGUGUGUUGCGUUACUGAGCCCUAUUAUAGAUUACAAGAAUUUGAUAUUGGCAGGAUCAGAAGAUGGAAUUGUUAAGGUUUUCGACUUUAGCAUCUUUACAGAAAGAGAACAGCCGCAUUGUGUUUAUACAAAGAACAUGGACAGGAAUUUAUUUUGUAUGCAGAAUAAUGAAGAUUGGCCAAAUGUCGUAUUCUUAGGAUGUGAUCAAUUAUAUGAUUGGGAUUUAAAAUCUUGUAAUGAGAUAAGAAAAUAUUUUAAAAUGUGA